CACUUUUUAAUACAUGGAAUAGCAUUUAAGCUCAACUAAUUUGUUCUUCAUUUCACCCUUCCCCCCUCGUUUUGCUGAUUUUGUAGUUUCAAACAAACCCACUCGCUUGCUUGAUAUGGCGAGAUUUCUUCGAAACAUUUCUCAUCUGAGACGUUUUCUCUUAGUCCCACAGGUAUGUAGAGGAGAGGUAUUAGGGUCUUCUUCACAUCUAUGUAACUUUUCUUCUAAAGCUAGGAAGAAAUCCAAGUCGGAUGGAAGUGAUUCCGGUGAGGAGAAUAUGUCCAAGAAAGAUUUAGCUCUAAAACAAGCGCUGGAUCAGAUUACUAGUUCUUUUGGAAAAGGAUCUAUCAUGUGGCUUGGUCGUUCUGAGUCCCCUAGGAAUGUUCCAGUAGUUUCCACUGGUUCUUUUGCUUUGGAUGUUGCACUUGGAAUUGGUGGCCUGCCAAAGGGCCGUGUAGUGGAGAUAUAUGGACCUGAGGCUUCAGGGAAAACAACACUUGCACUACAUGUAAUUGCUGAAGCACAGAAACAAGGAGGUUAUUGUGUUUUUGUUGAUGCUGAGCACGCUCUUGAUCCAGCUCUAGCUGAGACAAUUGGGGUAAACACCGAGAAUUUGCUUCUUUCGCAACCAGAUUGUGGAGAACAAGCUCUCAGUCUUGUAGACACCCUUAUACGGAGUGGCUCUGUUGAUGUUGUUGUUGUUGACAGUGUAGCUGCCCUAGUGCCUAAAGGCGAGCUUGAUGGCGAGAUGGGUGAUGCUCAUAUGGCAAUGCAAGCCAGAUUGAUGAGCCAGGCUCUUCGUAAAUUGAGUCAUUCUCUAUCAUUAUCCCAAACCAUAUUGAUUUUUAUAAACCAGGUAAGGUCAAAACUUUCAACCUUUGGGUUUGGUGGGCCAACUGAAGUUACCUGUGGUGGUAAUGCCUUGAAGUUCUAUGCUUCUGUGCGUCUAAAUAUUCGGAGAACCGGGUUUGUCAAGAAAGGAGAAGAGAUUGUUGGAAGUCAAGUUGCUGUGAAGAUUGUGAAGAACAAGCUUGCCCCUCCAUUUAAGAAUGCUGAAUUUGAGCUUGAGUUUGGGAAGGGAAUAUCUCGAGAAGGGGAGAUCAUAGAUCUGGCGACGAAACACAAAUUUGUUACAAAAGCCGUCGCAUUCUACACUUACAAUGAGCGGAAAUUCCAUGGCAAGGAAGCCUUCAAAAAGUUUUUGGCUGAAAACGAAAUUGAGCGGGAAGAACUUGCGGCAAAACUUAGAGAAAAGCUACUCGAAACUGAGAACAAAAAGGAAAAACAUACUGAUAUUUCUGAUGGGAAUACAUCAGAAGAAAUAAUUUCAAAGGAUAUUACUGAUGAAGAAGCCGUUACAGCCAUUGAAGCUUAAGUACCCUAUGACCCGAAACGGAAUGUCCCUUGUUUCCCUUGCAGGUUCAGUCUUUUGUGGGAAUGCUUUCUCGUAUUGGAC